GACGCAGCUUGACUCGGGUCCAGCAGGUUGGGACCAGCCCGGGACUGCAGCCUCCCCCCAGUCUCGGCCUCUCCCCCGGUCUGAUAGUUCCCGUGUUCCUCCUGCGUUCAUCGACUAAAACAAGCCAACAGAACCGGACUGAACCCGGGACCCGCUCGGCUUCCCACCAAACCGGAAGCAGGGUUUAUUUAGUAAACAAACGGCUCGCUUCGCGGUUAUGGGGCGAAGACUGGCGUUUUAAAUCCGUUUGAAGCGACUCUGUGGGCGGACACACAGGACCCGGGACGCUAGCUAACUCCCAGGCAUCUUCUCCUGGUCUCAUCGGUUAGUCCGCCGCAGCCAUGGCAGCAGGACGGACGGGUCUGGGUCUGCUGGUCCUGGUCGGGUUGAGCUUCCACCGCGGCGGCUCCUUCAACCUGGACGUGGACAAACCGCUGGUGUACUCCGGAGAGGAGGGCAGCUACUUCGGCUUCUCGGUGGACUUCUUCAAGCCGAACGACCAAAAGUCCGAUGUUCUGAUCGGAGCUCCCCGGGCCAACACCUCCGGCAGCAUUGUGGAGAGGGGAGCGGUGUACAGCUGCCCCUGGAAGAGCUCCUCAGCCUGCCAGCAGCUGCUGUUUGACAGCUCAGGUGACCGGACGAAUACAGAAGGAGCUCAGAUGGAGUUUAAAUCCAAGCAGUGGUUCGGUGCCUCGGUACGAUCUAAUGGAGAACACAUCCUGGCCUGCGCCCCCCUGUACCAGUGGUCCACCUUCGGCGUCUCUGAGCGAGAGCCGGUGGGAACCUGUUUCCUGAAGAAGGGGGACACCGUGGUCGAGUACUCGCCCUGCAGAUCAAGUGCCAACUCACCAGAGGGGCAGGGCUUCUGCCAGGCGGGCUUCAGUGCCGACUUCCUGAAGAAGGGCAACAGAGUGGUGGUGGGAGGACCUGGCAGCUUCUACUGGCAGGGUGAGUGUGCUGUUCUAGUCUCACAGCAGGUUUAAAGAGGAAGGAACGGAGCAUGCUCAGUCCUUUAUCGCCCCGUACGCAAACACCUCGCCACCAGGUCAGCCAGCGCUCAGUACGACGACAGCUACCUAGGAUACUCUGUGACAGUCGCAGACUUCAACGGUGACGGAAAGGAAGAUUAUGUGACUGGAGUACCUCGCGGGGAGAAGGCUCUGGGUUACGUGAACAUCUUCAACGGCCUCAACAUGCAGUCCAUGGUCAACUUCACAGGAACGCAGAUGGCUGCCUACUUUGGACAUUCGGUGGCUGUGACUGAUAUUAAUAAAGAUGGUUUGAUAGAUCUGCUGGUCGGAGCGCCGCUCUUCAUGGACCGAGGGUCGGAUGGAAAGCUGAGGGAGGUGGGACAGGUGUCGGUGUACCUGGGCCGUGGUGGAUUUUCCUUCCAGCCUCCUCAGCUGCUCACAGGGUCCGAGGUUUACGCCAGGUACGGCUCUGCCAUCACAGCGCUGGGAGACCUGGAUAAGGACGGCUACAACGAUGUGGCCAUCUCUGCUCCUUAUGGAGGCACCGGCCAUCUGGGCGUGGUCUACAUCCACAACGGCCGCGCUCGAGGGCCCGACCCCACUCCUUCCCAGGUCCUGCGGGGCAAAUGGGCGUCCUCCUACAUGCCUGCUAGCUUUGGAUACUCCAUUACUGGAAACACUGACAUAGACCAGAACGGAUAUCCAGAUUUAAUAGUGGGAGUGUUUGGAGCAGACAAAGCUGUUUUAUACAGAGCUCGACCAGUCAUCAGUGUGAACGCCACGUUAGACAUCACGCCUCAGAUCAUCAACCCAGAGGAGAAGACCUGCACACUUCCUGGAACAACCACUCAUGUGUCCUGUUUUACGGUGAAGUACUGUCUGAAGGCCAGCGGCACCGGAGCUCCGGCUUUUCUCGAUUUCCGUGUGGACCUGACGUUGGACCGCCUGAAGCAGAAGGAGGCGACUAAACGCGUCCUCUUCCUGCACAGUCGGACCUUUCAGUACUCAAAGAACAUGGCGGUGUCCAACAGCAAAACCCCGACCUGCGAGGAGCAGUCCGUCUUCCUGCGGGACGACCGUGAGUUUCGGGAUAAGAUCACUCCCAUCUCCGUGGCCAUGGAGUACAGUCUGGACUACCAGCGGGCUGCAGACCCAACCGGACUGCUGCCCAUCCUCGACAUAUCGGCCCCGACCGACGUCACCAAGCAGGCUCACAUCCUGCUGGACUGUGGAGAGGACAACAUCUGUAAACCGGACCUGAAGCUGUCGGUGAAGAGCGACCGGGAGCAGAUCUACAUCGGCGACGAGAACGCUCUGACUCUGGAGAUCAGCGCUGAGAAUCAGGGAGAGGGAGCCUACGAGGCCGAACUCCACGUCUACCCUCCACAGCAGGCCGACUUCACCGGCGCCGUCCGCAGUCAGACCCUCAGCAGGCUGUCCUGCGCUUACAAGAAGGAGAACCAGACCAAGAUGGUGGUGUGCGACCUGGGAAACCCCAUGAAGGGAGGAACCAAGGUGCUGGCAGAGCUGCAGUUCAGCGUGCACCAGCUGUCGGAGGAGGACACCUCAGUCCGGUUCGACCUGCAGAUAGUCAGCUCUAACCAGUUCAACAACACCAGCCCUCGAGUGUCCAGCACCACCAAACUGGCUGUCCUCGCCAAAGUCUCCAUCAGAGGGUCGUCGUCUCCCAGCCAGGUGCUGCUCCCCAUCGCCAACUGGGUGGUGAAACAGCCUCCUGUGGUCGGAGACGACAUCGGACCGCAGAUACUUCAGGUCUACGAGCUGCAGAACAACGGGCCCAGUACGUUCAGUAAGGCGGCGCUGGAGGUGCUCUGGCCGUACCAGUACAAGAACGGCUCGCUGCUCUACAUCACCAGCUUCGAAACCGAGGGACCAAUCAACUGCACCACGGACAUGGAGAUCAACCCGCUCAACGUCUCGAACCCGAUGGCCCCGGCGAAGAACACCAGCGGGGUUCCACCCAGAGAACACGAGGGACGGAACAAAAACCACAUCCGCAAGAGAGACCUGGAGUCGAGAGACACGCAGAGCGACCUGCAGACACUGGACUGCACCACAGCAAAGUGUCUGCACCUGAAAUGUCAGGUCGGUCGUCUGGAGAGGACGAAGAACGCCAUCCUCUUCAUCUACUCCAGACUGGACGUCAACAACUUCCUCCAGCCGGAGAAUCAGAAUCUUUCAUAUAUGGUUCGAUCUACGGCCUCCUUCACUGUCAUCGAGAUGCCGUACAAGAACCUGCCGUCGGAUCUCCCGUCCAACACCACCGCUGUGAGCGUGUCGGUGAUGUGGGUGGCCGACGCUCCUCAGCCGGUUCCCGGCUGGGUGGUGGCUCUGGCUGUGCUGGCGGGACUGCUGCUGCUGGCGCUGCUCAUCUUCAUCAUGUACAAGCUGGGAUUCUUCAACCGGGUCCGCCCCCCCCAGGAGGACUGCACUGAGAAGGAGCAGCUGCAGCCGGAGGAGAACGGCAACACUGACACCUAGAGGCCGAGCUCUGCCUGUACAGAAAGCUUUGGGGUUAAACGGCCGUUUAGAGAAAGUCACUGUUUUCACUGUUGGAUGCAGAUCAUGGUACUGGAUGUGUUUUUUUGUUUUUGUUUUAACUGGUCAUGUUAUGUUUGUGCCAAAAGAGAAGCUCCGCCUGAGUUACACUGGUCACAGAUGGAAGUCUUUAACAUUUUAACAUUAGUUAAACUUUGGGAAAUCCUCUCUGAGAGUCACAUGUUCAGUCUGGUGCCACGCUCAUGACGUAAAGAUAGAGACGUAGAGAUAGAGAGAAGAUCGUUCGUCUGCACCAGAGCUUUGGGAGUUUGGCCUGAUAUUUAAUUUGCACUUUUUUUUGUGUCCAAACCCCAAACGAUUGAUGAACUGUUGACACUUAUUGCCCAGAAAAAGUCCAGAACUGCUGAUAAAGUCAUUUCUUGGAUCAAACACUGUUUUCUGAGAGACUUUUGUACAGAACAGGGAGGUGAUCCUCUCUGGGUUUCACUACGGGGGAGGAAGAUCUGGACUCGCAGGGUUAAGUCUCUUUUAUACUUCUGCGUCGAGUCGGUGGCAUGGCCAACGUGCAGCCCCGUCCCCUCCUCCAGAGCCUGACGUGCACCUCCUCAAAAAUGUAACUACACGUCGGGGCAACGCGGACCAUAAGAACUGUGAUUGGUCGGCUGGGUAGCCACGCAGUGCCUCAGAGCCGACAGGAAGUGCUCCGUGCUUUGGAGGAAAUUUUAGUAGCGGCCGGUCCAGCGGCUAUAACACGGUGGAUCAAUAUAUUUGAGCGCCACACCCCGAGCGACAUGACUCGUUUCACCAUCGGACUGUGAUCCAUUCGGUCGAUAACAUUUGGCCACACCAGCCGCACCUAUACAGUUUUACAAACAUCAACACAGUGGACGCUGUAGCGCCACCGCCAACUAGCGUUCUGCGGUGUAAUUGCAGAACGACACAGACGCAGAGGGAUAAAUAAGGCUUAAGCCUGUGUUGAGUCUAUGCCGUAGCCUUCAGCCCACGCAUUUAUACUUGUGCGUUGGUGUCUGAGUCAUUCUGCAAUUACACCGCCAAACGCUAGUUGGCGGUGGCGCUACAGCGUUAUAUCUUCCUGUUUAGCCCUCCGCUAACUCGAAUGGGAGUAAAAUAAUCAUUGUGCAGCUCUUCUAGACUUUCCAAAUGUUAUCGGACCGGAUGCGUGAAAUUCUGGCAGUGAAGUGAGUCCUGUCGAGAGGGCAAGGUUACUGUCGUUAACUAAAACUAAUGAAAUAACUAAAACUAGGUGUGAAAAAACAUUUUUGUUACCUGAAAUAAAAUAAAAACAAGCCUUUGGGAAAAAAACAAUUACUGAAACGUUACCAUCUGUUUGAAAAACUCGCCGAAAUAAACGUCUUUUUAUGUCACAGAGCCGACGUGAGCCGAGUUUUUUUUGGUGGAUAUGAAAUCCAGUCUCUUUUUUAGUCCACGCAGAAAGUCUAAAACUAACUAAACUAAAACUGAGCAUUUUCAAAAAAUAAACUAAACUGGCAAACCUGCUUGAAAGACUAAUUCAAAUUAACUGAAAGUCAAAACGAAACAAAAAUAAAAACCUAAUCAUAGAGAAACUAUAAAAAACUUGCUCUGCGAUUGUGACGCUCACAAAUAUUGAUCUUGUUAUAGCCGCUGGUUUGGCCGCUACUAAAAUUGGCUUCAAAGCACAGAGCACUUCCUGUUUGCUUGGAGAAAAUGCCGCCAAGCCGACCAAUCGCACUUCUGCGUCGCCCUGACGUGUAGUUACAUUUUUGGGCAGGUGCAGUCAGGCUGCGACGUAGCUUCAACGCAGAAGUAUAAAUGUGGCUUUAGCUUCCACACUGCGUUGGCUGCUCCUCCCAGACUCCACGUGAAACACUGAAAACACCCAAAAACAAACAAACAGUUUAAAAAUCUCGACUCGAUUUAUCAAAAUGAGCCAAAAAACAGUGAAAUAUUUUGCUUAUGAACGAGUGAUUAAUGUGUGCGUCUGAAUAAGGCUGAUGAGCCGCAUUCAGGUGUCUGUUCCUGGAUACAGGUGGUGUAGUCUGAUAUGGGGUGUUAUUAUAUAUUGACCCUGAUAAAGUUUUCCUGCUCUGUGGGUGUGGGUCGUCACUGCUCAGCUUCGGGAAGCUGCUUUGGUGAUUUUCAGUAAUUUGUUUGUGUCCCGUUCAUUUCAGCUCCAUCAAACUAAACAAUGCUCAGGUGGAAAAUCAGUGCAAGUGAUGAGUUCUUGUGUUGGAAAGACGUUAAGCUAACGUUAGCAGCUCUGUCCGGAUCUUUUUAUUAACUCUACCUGUCAGACGUUUUAGAACAGCCGCCAUGUUUGUAGUUCUUCUGUAAAUGUGAGCAGCUAAAGUUCAGUGAAAAACCUUAAAUAGAACCAAAGUCAGCAGCAAAAGUUAAAACAACAUUUACGCCAUCAAAACAAGACAUUUUCAGAUCUAAAUUUAACAACUAAAUGAAGAUGUUUUGUUCAUUAUGUCACGGUAGGAUCAACUGAUGACCAGCGUCUCUGUCUUCCCUCAUUAAUAUUAUAUAUAAUAGAUGUAAUUUGAAUUAACAGGCUGCUCCAAGGUGUUUACUGUAGACAUGAGUUUACUUUCCUUCCACUGCUGCAGAAUAACUGGAAGUUAUUAACUCAUUACUUCUAAAUCUCUGAAAUUUACAUUAUUUCUCAGUUUUUCUGACCUGAACAUUGUCUUUACCUUCUUUUGGUUAUUCUGCUGCUAAAACUAAAACUUCUGUCCUGUAGUGUAAAUCUGAGACAGAUACGGCCGCCAAACACGUCAGUUUGAGAAAACAUGUUUUCAGGUCAGACGUCACAAAACGCUUCACAGUGGAAGGAGACACGAUAUCGAAAUAACAGAAUUGAGAUUAAAAACAAAUAAGUAAAACUAGAAUCUAAGCAGGUGUGUCGUCACAUCUCAUGUUUGAGGCAGCUCCACGUUACAGCUGAGAACAAGCUGUUAAUGUAAUAAUCAGUUCACCGGGACUAACUCGCUCUCCACUGCAGUACAGUGCUGCCUCUUUGUUAGCAUUAGCUUCAGUCUGUUUAGCAUCGAGUGUUUAUUCAAGAUCACAUUUACAACAUUCUCGAAAUCUGUCGGCGUUGUCGUUUUAAACUGUUAGAAAGAUGGACUGGCGUAGCAGCAGGAACUAAAGAGGGCGGGGCUUAACGAGCAGUUGCACUGAGGCGCCUUUGCUCUUCCACAUGUUUGAUUUUUGUAAUUUUAAAAAAAAAUAGUAUUUGUCGUCAGAUUUCAGAGUCGUUUCCGGCAGCGAAAAUGCAACAUGGUCUGAAAGCAGCAGGUUUAUGUUUCGUGUGUGUGUGAAUAUAUAUAUAUAAAAAACAAGAUAAAAAAGACGUUGCUAUGAAUUUUACCCAUAUUGGGUUUGUGUCAUCAAAUAAUGUUGAAGGUUGGCGAUUAUUCUAAAAGUCUAUUAAUCCAGUAAAUGGUGAAAUAACUUUGGCUUCUUAUCUGCUGCUUCCCUGUUUGAAGAUCCUGCGCUGCCGCCGCCGCCGCCACCAGAAGUCACCGUUAGCAGGCUCCUGGUUUCUGGGUUUAGGGAUGCUCUGAUGCUGUUUUCACAGAAUCACUCCUGUCCUCUCACGCCGACUCGUUCACAAGUAGCUCAGCUGCUCGCAGUGUGAACGUGUUGAAGGAACACGUCGAAUCACUUUCCUGCUGAGAGUCAGAUAUUCAGAUUUAAACCACUCUCUUGGCUGUUCGCUAAAUAUGAAGCUACAGCCAGUUAGCUUAGCCGAAGUCCCGCCACUCGGCAGCCAUCCUGGUAACGGCUCCUGGUGGUUAUUUGGGACCAACUUCAUUUACAGCUCUGUCCAGAUACUAAACAGUACAUAUUCAGAAUAUAAGAUAACACACGGGACAUGUUUGGGGUCCCUGUAAAAUAAUUACCUCCCUUGGUAAUCCGGCAUCUGCUCAUGUUAGCUUAGAAACUGCGACCCUGAACACGUUAUAUCUUGUUUUAUCUGUAAAAACAAACCUAAAGGACAGAUUAAGUUUGUUUGUCGAUGCCUCCCAGAACAACAAAUACGAGCGUUUCUUGUACCAGUUCAGCGACUGGACUUUCAUUAUUAUUAUUAUUAUUAUUGUAGUCACAUGACAUCAAACGCAUGGUUAAUGUUGUGAAACACUCGCAGUUUGGUUAGGUUUAGGAAAGCUUUGUGGUUUGGUUUAAAGUAAGUUCAUUACAUAACUCAGAAUUUGACAGAAUUUAAAAAAUGGUAUUUAACUUAAAAUUCACUUUAGAGAACAUAAGCCCCGCCCCUUCCGGUGGACCACCAUGGGACCUUACUUCGGAAAAAAUAAGUACGUUAUUCAACGGCAAAAGACAACUAAUUGUUUCAUCCCGUUUGAAUUGUGCUCCGAAUUACACACGAUUGUUUGUCAGUUUAAAAUGUAUAUUUCAAAGUCAAAAAAGUCGCAGUUUGAUGUAAAACUGUUGAAGUAUAAGACUGAAAAUACAUAAUUACAAAGACCCCAAACCCAAAAGUUGCAUAUGUCACGUCAUAACCUUUUCUCUCCAUGACUGAAGCUAACGUUUCUGAAGCUAACGUUUCUGAAGCUAACGUUACUGAAGCUAACGUCAAAGAACUGACAGGAUGAUGUGAUAAAAGGACCAAGAGUCGUUGGAUCAGGUGAGAUAUUUCUGCGUGUAACAUGGUUAUUUAGCUAGCAGCAACCAAGCAAUAAACGUUAGCUUAACAUUACCGCGCUAACAUGUUGGUGACGUAUAUUGUGCAAGACGAGAAAUGUAGUUCAUUGAACCGUUUUCACACAAAACAACGUGUAACUUUACUGUCUAAUGAAAAACUGCAGCUUUCUUAACAACAAAAUUAUCUUUUAAAUUGACAAACAACGUGUGUAAUUCAAAAAUAAGAUGUCUCUCACCGCUGACAUACAUACGUACAUAUUUUUCCCGAAAUAAGGUCCCAUGGACUUGGGCGCUCUAUACCUCAACAGUUACUUGGUUUUACACGGGACUUGAAAGUCGUUCUCCUGUGUGAAAGUCCUGGAUUUUACCCGUCCACCUCCUUAUGCGGACUUUCUCACUAAUAAUACAUCACCAGACUGCUAUAGGUCGCUGCAAUAAAAAACAUAAUUAUGGGUCCUGAAAUACUAAAUACAUUCAUCCCAUGUGGUCGUGGUCGUUAUGCUAAGCUAAGCUAACCAUGUGCUGAUAGAGCUUCAUAUUAAAGAGUUUUGAUAUUCUAAUUUGACUCUCAGCAAGAAAGUGAGAGUUUUUCCCAAAAUGUUAAUUAUUCCUUUAAAGGCCCUGAAAACUUUCUCUAUAGCAGCAAAGUUUAAAACAAACACUUUUAGCUGUUAUUUAUUUUAAAUAUUUAGUUUAACUCUCAGUAGCUCAGCUCAGCUGUGUGGGAGAGAUUUGAUCAGAUUUGUGGCCCUGAGACAUUUUUUAAGGGUCUGCUGCGUUUAUGAAAGGUGAUAAAGGAGAACUGGUCUCAGGAGCAUCUGUGCGUCCCGACUCUGUUUUUAUAAAGAUAUUUCUGAAGACGUCGGAGUUUGAACUGGCAGAGAGCUUUUCCCUCGUCUGCAGGGUUCAGCAGGACCGACGUCAAUUCACUUUCAACGCAGUCACCACCAAAAAUAUUCAACAAAAGAAGCGAUUUAUUAAACAUUCGUGGUAACUUCUCAGGACAGCUGUUAAACUUUGAACAGGAACAGUUAAAGAAAAGGUUUGGGAAAGUCUCUGAAAUAAAAUCAGACAGAGCUAAUCAGUGAUUUGAAGUCGGUCCUGCUGGUGUGUGUCUGUUUUAUAUUUAAUACUAACACUGUCUCUUUCUUUCUGCCUCGAGAAAAUAUGGACUAUUUUUGAUGUAUGUAUUCUUUCACCUAGAGAAUAACAAUCAACACAUUUCUUAAAGAGAUGAUUUCACCUUUUGAGCUGAAAUAAACUGAUUUGUUCACAUUUUA